AUGGUCCAAAAAUCUCAAGUAUCUAUCCCCAUUCCAUCUCACCACUACGUAUGGGACAUGAAUUCAAAUAAUAAGAGUCCCCUAGAACUCGAUAGGGAAAGAGUUACUUGUCUUUUACUCAUCAACACUCAGCUUAUGAAGAAGACUAUAAAUAUUUAUCACAACGUUUUAAGUAACCAACAUUCUCUCCAACAGCUUCCCCAACAAGCAAGAAAAACAAUCAUUGAUCUGUAUCAAAACUGUACCAGAAGAAUACACUGCAACUUGACAGUAUUGUCAUACUUACAUGAAAAGUAUCAUGGAGCCCAGGGCCAACAACAGACGUCUCAAAAUCGGCCCACUUUUCCAGUUUUAAAUACGGCACCUCCAGACAUGCCAGAACUUAACCAGUUGUACAAUAAAUUACAGGAACUUUAUCCUGAGUCACAGUAUAUGAAAAUGAGACCCGACCCGAUGAGGGAACCUUCACAGUUUGAACUGCUGUCUACUUCUCCAUAUCCCCAAGCACAACGACCACAAUAUACACCUCCUAUAAACAAUGUUCCACAAGAUCAGAUUGCACCACGAAACAUAUCAGUAUCCAACAUGAAUGCCAUGAAUGCGGAUCAAGCGCCAAAUACAUUUCAGCAGGGUCAAAAUUAUUUAAACAACUUUAAUCAAGGAGUAAAUAAUCUCCCGAACAAUCAAAUACCAUCCCAGUCUCCCCGUCCAUCAAUGCAGGCUAUGUCUCCACUGCAGCUAUUUAAUAUCAAUAACUCCUCCUCAAACUUGGCCCCUACUUCAGGAAUGAUGGAUAUGAUUUGA